GUUCUGGGUGAUCCCUCCAGGCCUGUCCAGCCCUGGCACUCUACCUUCAGACUGCCCGGAGAGCGCGCUCUGCCUGCCGCCCGCCUGCCUGCCACUGAGGGUUCCCAGCACCAUGAGGGCCUGGAUCUUCUUUCUUCUUUGCCUGGCCGGGAGGGCCUUGGCAGCCCCUCAGCAAGAAGCCCUGCCUGAUGAGACAGAGGUGGUGGAAGAAACUGUGGCAGAGGUGACCGAGGUAUCUGUGGGAGCUAAUCCCGUCCAGGUGGAAGUAGGAGAAUUUGAUGACGGUGCAGAGGAAACUGAAGAGGAGGUGGUAGCUGAAAACCCCUGCCAGAACCAUCACUGCAAACACGGCAAGGUGUGCGAGCUGGAUGAGAACAAUACCCCCAUGUGUGUGUGCCAGGACCCCACCAGCUGCCCGGCUCCCAUUGGCGAGUUUGAGAAGGUGUGCAGCAAUGACAACAAGACCUUCGACUCUUCCUGCCACUUCUUUGCCACAAAGUGCACCCUGGAGGGCACCAAGAAGGGCCACAAGCUCCACCUGGACUACAUCGGGCCUUGCAAAUACAUCCCCCCUUGCCUGGACUCUGAGCUGACCGAAUUCCCCCUGCGCAUGCGGGACUGGCUCAAGAAUGUCCUGGUCACCCUGUAUGAGAGGGAUGAAGACAACAACCUUCUGACUGAGAAGCAGAAGCUGAGGGUGAAGAAGAUCCAUGAGAAUGAGAAGCGCCUGGAGGCAGGAGAUCAUCCCGUGGAGCUGCUGGCCCGGGACUUUGAGAAGAACUACAACAUGUACAUCUUUCCUGUGCACUGGCAGUUCGGCCAGCUGGACCAGCACCCCAUUGAUGGGUACCUCUCGCACACCGAGCUGGCCCCACUGCGCGCUCCCCUCAUCCCCAUGGAGCACUGCACCACCCGCUUUUUCGAGACCUGUGACCUGGACAAUGACAAGUAUAUCGCCCUGGAUGAGUGGGCCGGCUGCUUCGGCAUCAAGCAGAAGGAUAUCGACAAGGAUCUUGUGAUCUAAAUCCACUCCUUCUGCAGUACCGGAUUCUCUCUCUUUAAUCCUCCCCUUCCUGUUUCCCCCAAUGUUUAAAAUGUUUGGAUGGUUUGUUGUUCUGCCUGGGGACAAGGUGCUAACAUAGAUUUAAGUGAAUACUUUAACGGUGCUAAAAAUGAAAAUUCUAACCCAAGACAUGACAUUCUUAGCUGUAACUUAACUGUUAAGGCCUUUUCCACACUCAUUAAUAGUCCCAUUUUUCUCUUGCCAUUUGUAGCUUUGCCCAUUGUCUUAUUGGCAUGUGGGUGGACAUGGAUCUGCUGGGCUCUGCCUUAAACACACAUUGCAGCUUCAACUUUUCUCUCUAGUAUUCUGUUUGAAACUAAUACUCACCGAGUCAGACUUUGUGUUCAUUUCAUUUCAGGGUAUUGGCUGCCUGUGGGCUUCCCCGGGUGGCCUGGAGGUGGGCAAAGGGAAGUAACAGACACACGAUGUUGUCAAGGAUGGUUUUGGGACUAGAGGCUCAGUGGUGGGAGAGGUCCCUGCAGAACCCACCAACCAGAAUAUGGUUUGCCUGAGGCUGUCACUGAGAGAAAGAUUCUGGGGCUGUGUUAUGAAAAUAUAGACAUUCUCACAUAAGCCCAGUUCGUCACCAUUUCCUCCUUUACCUUUCAGUGCAGUUUCUUUUCACACUAGGCUGUUGGUUCAAACUUUUGGGAGCAUGGACUGUCAGUUAUCUGGGAAGUGGUCAGCACAUCCUGCAGGGCUUCUCCUCCUCUGUGUUUUGGAGAAUCAGGGCUCUUCUCAGGGGCUCUGGGGACUGCCAGGCUGUUUCAGCCAGGAAGGCCAAAAUCAAGAGUGAGAUGUAGAAAGCUGUAAAAUAGAAAAAGUGGAGUUGGUGAAUUGGUUGUUCUUUUCCCGCAUUUGGAUGACUGUCAUUAGGUUUUUAGCAUGUUCCUCCUUUUCUUCAUUCUCCUUUUUUUUCUUCUAUUAAUCAAGAGAAACUUCAAAGUUAAUGGGAUGGUCGGAUCUCACAGGCUGAGAACUCGUUCACCUCCAAGCAUUUCAUGAAAAAGCUGCUUCUUAUUAAUCAUACAAACUCUCACCAUGGUGUGAAGAGUUUCACGAAUCUUUCAAAAUAAAAAGUAAUGACUUAGAAACUGC